AAUGUGGAAAAGUGAAGGGGUCUGGAUACUUUCCGAAUGCACUGAAUGUAGGCUGUGUGUGACGUUUUAAAUGAAUGUAGUUCAGUCCUUGACUAAUAAUGUUCUAUAUUAUGUCAUGUUUCCGUUGGACCCCAGGAAGAGUAUCUGCUGCUUUUGCAGCGGCUAAUGGGGAUCCUAAUAAAUACCAAAUCCUAAGAUCUAAAAAUAAACUUUCCCAAUUAGUAAAAUUCACAAUACACCUCUCCAAAGAUAGAAUGGCUCCUUUUUCUGAAAUGCCACCAGAUCCAUAAUGGAAUACAUGGCCAAAGUGUUGCAUUUCGCUUUAGCCCACCAUCCACACACACAGACAGUUUUGGUCCCAGCCACAGGGCUCUAUACAGAAACAAACAAGUACAAGCCUAUAUAUAUAUAGUAUGACAGCAGUUAGCUACCAGCAGCUGGCAGACAUGUUAAUUUGGUUACUUUAGCAUUAAUAAUUUGACUGAAGCCCUCCUUUCAUUGUUGGUAGCCAUGGAAUGUGCCCCGCAGAUUGACGAGUAGAUGCCAAAUUUGCCCCUCUCAUUCUCACAAAUGUAUCCCACUUUUUACAAAGUGUUUAAUUUGCGUCGCUUUAGAGGCAUACUCACAUUUGCACAGUAAGUGUUGCUACACCCUGCUACCACACAAUGCUUGGCCAUCAUGAUGAAUAAAAAUGCAAUUGCUAGCUAGCUCCAUACCACUAACGCACAAGUUGUUUUUUAUUAUUAUUUUGACCCACAAAUAUAUGAAGGCUGAGCAUGCAUUUUGAUUUCCUCACUGUGACAAUGACCGCGGGGAGUUGUGGGAUUGUUUCUGACGUUAGAGCUGAUUUUGAGAGAACCUCUUUAACCCAACUUUUAGAACAAUAUUACAGUAUUUUAAAAAUUGAUUUAAGAGUUUGUAAUUUGGAUAGGUUUUCUUGGGGGGCCUCUAAGUGACUAUUAUAUGCGUUUCUAUCGUUGAGAAAUAGCUGCUACAUGACUUUGAAGUUUACUUAAAAAAUAUAUAUAAUCUUACUUUCCCCGCUAGAACAACAAAAAUACUUAAAUACAUGUAAUUUUGUCCUAGAAACAUUUAAUUGAAAUACUGUAGAAGUCCAUUCAUUCCUAUGAAGGAUUGCUUCUUCUGGGGAGUGCCAAUAUGGCUGACUGGUGGCUUCAAAGCCUCUCAUUGGCCAAUAUAUAUCUAUAUCCCUGGAUUGUUUUUAUAUGAUACAUGUAUUUUCUAUUUGUUUUCUAAAUCUGCAGCUAAUAAUACUGUAUAGCUGUUUUGUGUCAUUAGAAAUUAAACUGUAUUUCCAUGUCCAUCCAGGAAGGGGAAGAGGGGAGGGAAAAGACCUAGAGGACUUUUCGGAGAGCAAGGAGGAGGAUGUGUCCUUAGCCACAGAGCUCCGUCUUGUCCUAAUCGGAAAGACAGGAUCAGGGAAGAGUGCCUCUGGGAACACCAUCCUGGGCCGGAGGCACUUCCUGUCAGAGCUCCGUGCCAGCUCAGUCACCCAAGUCUGUGAACAAGGCAGCGCAGACCUGACUGAGGAGGAGGAAGGACAAAAGGUCAGGAGGAAGAGGAUAAGAGUGGUGGUGGUAGACAUGCCAGGUUUUGGAGACACACGCUUCAAUGCUGAGCAGACUCAUUCUGAAAUAGCCAAGUGUGUGGCACUGUCUGCCCCAGGCCCCCAUGCAUUCCUCCUGGUGAUCCCACUGGGACGCUACACUGAGGAUGAGGACCGAGCCAUGUGGGAGAUGGUCCAUAUAUUUGGGGAGGGGGCGGUCCAUGACCACACACUAGUCCUGUUCACUCGUGCUGAUGACCUAGAAGGUAGGGGUAUGGAGGGGUACCUCGGAGCCAGCACCCCGGUGGAGCUGAAGGCUCUGAUAGAGAGAUGUGGGGGCAGGUACCACGUCUUCAACAACAGAGACCCAAGUGACCUGCACCAGGUUGUAGGGCUGCUGGAGAAGGUGGAGAGGAUUGUGGAAGAGAACAAUGGAGGCUUCUACACCAACUCUAUGUUCAGAGAGGCUGAGGCUGCCAUUAGGAAGGAGCAGGAGAGGAUGGCGAGAGAGAGGGGAGGGAGAAGGCAGGGAGAACAAGAUGCCCAAAAGACGGAAGUGUGAUCUAGAACGGAGUGAGAGUGGGUGGGAUGAGAGGAGGGGGGCAGCUGUGGGAGGUUCAGGAUUAAGGAAGAGAGACCUGGAGAGAGGAGGAGUAAAUGAGGAGGGAUGGACAGAGGAGAGGAAAGGAAGUGCUGCUAGCCUCCCGAGGGACAGAGGGGACAGAUGGAGGGAGCUGUUCAGGACCAGGCAGCGGGGCAGCGACAGGGCCUUGAGUAGGAGGCAGUCUUUCCUCUCUGCCCUGGGGCAGUUCAGGAGAGAGGUCGCCCUUUCUGAGAAGGUCCUAGAGAAAGUGAAGAUCCUGGUGGCUGCUGGAGCCACUGGCAUGGUCGUGGGGGCAGUGUUCGGGGCGGCUGCCCCUCUAGCUGCAGCGGCGGGAGCUGCAGCCAUGGGGAACACUGUGGGCUUUGCUGCUGGGCAGCUGGCUGGGAUGUCGGUGGCAGGCGGCACAGGGAUGGGAAAAGCUGUGGGCGCCAUAUUGGCAGCAGCCACAGGGAAAACAGCCAUGGCUCUCGGGGCAGCGACCGGAGGAGUGCUGGGGGGGAUCUGUGGGCGCCCUAGCUGGGGCAGAAGCUGCCAGUCCUGGGGCAGCUGCAUUGGAUGCUCUAGGGCAGGUGAGCCUGAUUGGGACUGCAGCAGUAGGAGUUGCAGCAGGAGUGGGGGUGCCAUGGGGGCAGGAGCGGCCCUGGGGGCUGCUCUGGAAGGUGCAGCUGUCAGCACAACUGCCCUGACAGGGGAGGGCACCGCAGCAGGGGCAGUAGGUGUGGCUAAUGCUACUACUAUUGGCUCAGUAGCAGCUGGGCAGCAAGCAGUGGCCACUGGGGGCAGUGUUGCAGCUCGAGCUGUUCAGUGUGCAGCCACCGCUGUGGCAGAUGGGGUGGCUGCGAGUGGGCCUCUGAUUCAGGCCGGUGCGGUGUGUGGAUCUGCAGGGCGGGUUGUUCCUGGUGCCUGGGGCUCCAUGGGAGUGACAGCAUGCAUUAUGACAGCGGUGGCAGAGAUAGGCAAGGCUGCAGCGGGAAUUGCCCUGGCAGGAGGGCUGGUGGUGAAGGUAGUGAAGGAGAGGGCCAGGAACAGCAACAGCUCAGCAGACGCCAACUACACAGAGAAGAAGUCCUAUGAGAUCUACUGGAACAAAUAAAGGACAGUUAGGCCUGCAACACUACCAGACCACAGAAGAAACAGACACUCUCAGGACCUUUCAAAAUGUGGAUUCAGGUUCAAUCAUUAAGCAACUUAUCACAAUUAUCAAUAAAAGCACAUUGCAAGUCUUUGUUCCUUUUACUGGCAGUGGAUGGUGUGAUUUCCUCUAUUCACUGUUAAUAAACUAUAACUCUUCUGCACUGAAGUAUCUUCCCACAAUAUUACUGAACUAUUGUUUUAGCUUUGUUCAAGCACUUACUGUGGUUAUUUGAGCUUUUUAGUAUGCACUUACACCAUUUGUAUGAUUACUUGUGAUCCUAUAGUUAUUUUUAAUUCAUUAUAGAAUAUGGUUUUCCACUGUAUUCAAUCAAAUUAGUGGUAACUGUCUUUCAUUAAAACAGCAAUCUAUUUCUGUAUGCAGAUUUUCAUAAAUCCACCGAUAUAAUCUACGACUAAGGGUCCAGUAUUACAAAACAUAUUUUUUUGCUCUUAUUCACAACUGAAAUGAUGUACUGUAUGACACACAUUCACAUGAUGUAUUCAGUUGCGGUGUUGUGGCUUUUUGAAGGGGAAAGAAUUGAAAUGCAUAAUAAAAUGAAA